AUGUGUCCAUCGUGGCUAUUGGUCGCCUUGGUGGUUGUGGGCGUGGCCACAGGAGCAGUGGGUCAGUGCUGGGAGCAUCCCAGCUGCCAGGAGCUGAACUCUGAGGGCAGCAUGAUGGAGUGCAUCCAGCUUUGUCACGCCGACCUCACUGCCGAGACCCCCCUCAUCCCGGGAACCAGCCACCUCCAACAUCCCGCUCUGUCAGACCCCUCCGCCUCCUUCCUCCUCCCUUCCUCCUCCUCCUCCUCCUCCUCCCCUCAGGCUAAACGCUCCUACUCCAUGGAGCACUUCCGCUGGGGGAAGCCCGUCGGCCGGAAACGUCGCCCGGUCCAAGUCUACAGCUCCAACGGCGUGGAGGAGGAGUCCACCGAGGUGUUCCCAGAAGAGAUGAGGAGGCGGGAGCUGGCCACGGUGCAGGAGGUGAUGGAGGAGGAGCAGCUUCUGGGCGGCGUUCAGGAGAAGAAGGACGGUCCGUACAAGAUGAAGCACUUCCGCUGGAGCAGCCCGUCGGCCAGCAAGAGAUACGGCUUCAUGAAGAGCAAGAGACCUCAGAAGAACAACGUCAACAAGGAGUGA